CCCGUGGCCCACCACUGCUUAGUUGUUGUGGAUUCCGUACUUACUGCGUAGCUGGCUGGUGAUCCUGGUGCUAAAGAAUUUUGGCUCCUGGGGAGGGGGCUCGAGCACAAGCUGUGGAUUGCAGCUGAUGCCGUGCGCGAAUUGAUCGAUUUUUCAAGUCGGUAGUCUGCUGAUCUCAUCGAGGAUGCUCUGGCAGAAUUGCUCCGUGGCAACAAUAUGGCUUUUUUUUGGCAUAGUUUUUCUGCACGGUCAUUGCAGAAUGACAGGUACGGCCCGACUUGCAUGGAAAGUUGCAUCUUCGGCCAUGCCUGGCUUCAGGGGUCGUCGUCAUGGGGCAGGGGCACCGGAAAGCCCGCCGCGGGACUCACUGAUUGGCAUGUUGGCUUGUUGCUCGUAGAGAUCCUUGAAGGAAGGCGACAGCCUUGAGGGCCGGGUUGUAUGAACCCUGACAGGCUGUUUGCAAAGGUCGGCCGCUUGAACUUCGGUCAACAAACCUAAUGUCGUAUUUUAACGCCUCUUGUCGUGUGGCAUGGCGGGCAAGAAUGGUUGCAAUGCGUGGGGCCCUAAGCACCAUGUGGUAUUAGUCUAGGA